AAAAGAGUUCCAAAUACACAGUCAAGAGUGACGUAGAGAAAGGACAACAAAAAUGUCCCUGUUAAAGACUCCACAAGUCUCUCUUUUUUUUUCUUCUUCUUGUAUUAGAUAGAAUGGGAGCAACACAAUCCAAAGCCUCAGAACCUGUGAUCUUUUAUAACCAAAGCUCUCCUCUUCAGUUCUCUCAAGGCUUCACUGAGCCUGUUGAAAGCAAGAAGCAACCUGUCAAUGUUUCAAAUGAAAAAAUCGAGCAGCUUGUUCGUGAGCGUGUUGCUGAAGAAUUAAAGCGUACCAAACAACAACAAGACCAAGUCAACCAACGUGCUUAUGGUGAAUUGGCAAAACAAAACAUUAAAAACGAUCAUAACUCUAUUGCCAUGACUGAAGAUAUCGAGAACAUGAUUCAAAAGUUAAAAAGAUCCUCUCCUUCAGAUAUACCUGCUGCCAUUGCCGAGAAACAAGAAGCAUUGAUUGUCUGUUACAAAAACAACCAAACUAGACCUUUGGACUGUUGGGAACAAGUCGAACAAUUCAAACACGCUGUUGCAGAAGAACAAAAGAGAUUUGUUGCUGCUCAUCAACGAUAAACACCAAUUGUAGAAUCAUCAAAAUGAUAAUAAAAAAAGCAGUAUAUCUCUUUAUUAACUUAUUUACUCAAUU